AUGGAGUGCGUGCGGCGUGUGUGGUGCGCGACGCAGGUGUCCGUGGUGCUGGUAAUACUGUUGGGUCUGGUGGGGCGAGCGGGGGCCGGGCCGCGGUACAGCUCGCGCAUCGUGCACACUCACACUGGUAAACAACUCCAUUUGUUAAAAUUAAUAUUAUUUCUCACAGGAGCAAUCAGAGGUAUCAUCGUGGAGCCAGCAUCACGUCGCUUGGAGCCAGUGGAAGUGUUCCGGGGGGUUCCCUAUGGGGCAAGACCCCCUCGUCUGGGGCCGCCUCCACCCCCCGACCCUUGGCCUGGUACACGACUGGCGGACACCUUCCCACCGGUCUGCCCUCAACGAUAUCCCGACAUAUCAAACAAGAGUGCAGCACUCUCGAAGAUGCCACUAGGAAUUUACAACGAGCUGAAAGCUACUAUACCACUAUUAGUCAACCAGAGCGAAGACUGUCUCUAUCUCAAUAUAUUCGUGCCCGGUAGCGGUGCGAGGGGCGUGGAAGCGCCGUACGCGGUAGUAGUGGUAGUUGGAGGAAGUCACGAGUGGGGCUCAGGGAACUCUUUGGACGGGGCUGUACUCGCCGCCCGCGCUCAUCUACUAGUCAUCACCAUCAACUAUAGGAUAGGUCUAUUAGGUUAUUUAACACCGGGCACGUCAGACGAGGUGUCUUCAGCGGGCGGGGCGGCUGUAUUAGACAUGAUCGCAGCCCUCUCGUGGGUUAAUCGAAACAUAGCAGCGUUCGGCGGCGACCCUAAAAGACUUACUCUCCUCGGCCAUGGAGCCGGCGCUGCUCUCGUCAAUGUGAUACUUAUGCUGCCAUCUAGUAAAGGUUUGAUUACUCGAGCGUUACUUCUGAGCGGCUCAGCGCUGAGUCCGUCCGCACUAGCGCCGGACGCUGCGCUCGCUAGAGAACACACGGCUCAGGCUUUACGGUGUUCAAAAGAUACUAACACUGACGAGCACUGGUUGGCAACAUGUAUUCGUUCCCGUCCUCUAGCGGUUCUGUUAGCGGUUGAAGCGCCUCACGCACGUUUCCUCGCAGGCUGGGCGCCCUGUCCUCCUUCACAACCAACACGAGCUCUUCACGCUAGUGAAACCUUCCUACAGUGUUCAUUAGCUGUCGUCGUCACUACGACCGAGAGUUACCAGUUCUUUAGCGAGGAUGAUAUCAGACACGGUUUUGAGGAAGAACAUAGGAGUCGUAUACUCAGAACCUACGUCCGGAACGUAUACCGCUAUCAUCGGAACGAAAUAUUCGCUGCCAUCCGUAACGAGUACACGGACUGGGAGAAGCCGAUCCAACAUCCCAUCAACAUCCGCGACGCUACUCUAGAGGCGCUCAGUGAUGCUGCUGUUGCUGCACCAGCGCUACGGCUCGCACAGUUACACGCUAAGAGAGGAGCAAGGACCUAUCUCGCUCACUUUACGCAUCAAACUAAAGACGCAGAUUAUCCCCAGCGUUUAGGCAGCGUUACAAGUGAAAGUCUGCCAUACUUCUUAGGGCUUCCCUUAGUAGGGGGAAUGCCUUUUCACCCUCGAAACUACUCUCGAGGGGACGUGGCAGUAGCUGAGACGACUGUGAUGCUGCUCGCUGCUUUUGCGAAAACCGGUGACCCAAGUCCGAAGAAUACGGACAAACAUGACAGUGUGAACUGGCCUGAAUACGAUCUAAAUACACAGCAGUAUUUAAGCAUAGGUACAAAAGUCCGCACUAAGAGUCAUUACCGCGGCCACAAGAUGGCUCUCUGGUUGCACCUCGUCCCUCAGCUCCACCGGCCGGGCGCCGCUCCCCGACACCAUCAGUUCAGGUCGCUGCACCCCGAUAUGUUCGCUGGUGAAAUAUUCCCUGAGUUACAUACGACACCAUCCUUGGAAGAAGAAAGUACGGAAGAAGAACCUGAAGUAGAGGAGUGUGAGCCUUCACCGUCCGCGAGGCCAGCACUCUCCGCUAUGACUACACCACAGCCCACGCCCAAGGAAGACUCGUUGACUAAUUUGGACAGCCAAUACUAUAGUUACACGGUGGCGUUAGGCGUCACAGUUGGAGCGGGUUGUUUCCUCUUGGCGUUGAACCUGCUCGUGUUCGCGGGGAUCUAUCUGCAGCGAGAGAAACGAAGAGCUAAUAGAAGACCGAGAAGGGAAGGGAGCUGCAGUAGCCGAAGUGGUUCAGCUUCAAUCACCGAGCCAAGUAUCACGUCACCAAGGAAGAGUACAUUAAAGCGUAGCAGCGAGGCAGAACUAAGCGAGAGACCGGCAAACGCGCCGCCAAAAAAACGCGUUCAAAUACAAGAGAUCUCUGUGUAG